UUCGUUUCGUUUCGCGAUUCUCUGUGCUGAUUUGCGUGCGUGUGGAGUCGUGUGCUCGUAGAGCUGACCUUAGGAGCGGAAAACUGCACCUGAAUCUCGCCCAUCAGCAGUGCCUUGAGAUUCCACUUUCCAAGUGAACGUUCGAUCUCGAAACUGGAAAACCUGGCACAUGUACACUUCUCCAGUUUGCGUUGAGGCCAGAACAUAAAAUUUUUAAUUUUACUUAAAGCGGACUCGAAAAUUGAGAAAAAAAGCGAUGUCAAAUUCGGAGACGCCCACGACCUCCGGGCAGCUUGCUCAGCAAACCGAAGAGGCUCCAGAGCUGAUCACAGAAAGUGUCGGAAUUCUGUCCGACGCUUUUGCGCAUUACAAAAAUUUCCUCCUCGAAGAGGAAGGCAAGGAUCAUGCCAAUUGUAAGGCCUCCACCGAACCCAUAGCCACGGACCACUAUCGCCGGCUACUGGAGGAAUCGCCUGAGGACCCAGGCGUGGCCCCCCAAAUAAACCUCAAAAUAAACAAAAUAUACCUCAAUCGGCUAGAGGAGAUCGACCGCCUUAACCCUAAGAGCGGAUCUUCCACGUGUCUACCACUCCAGCUCCGUCUGAUCACUUUUCAAGAGUGGGUGGACUACCUACUUCAAGUAAACGGAGUGAUGUUCACCAACUUGUCGUCACUUGAAGAGGAGACACUCGGAAAGGUGAUUCCCUGGGUAGAGUCGAUCGAUGGGGAGAGGCAGCAGGCGCUUUCCGAGAACCGACAGCUGCGCAAGGACCUUUGCGCAGUUAUAAAGUUCGUCCAGAAUGCGUUUCACCGGAAUAUCUGGGAUACGGAACGCCUUUCAUUGGAGACCCUGACUGUCCACCAGGUGCUGGGCGUAUCCCGCGAUCAGAGUUAUCCGGAGAGCGAGAGCGUAAAGGUAAGAUAUAGAAUGGCGGAGUGCAUGAAAUCGCUGGUCAACGAAAUGGCCGCCAAGCACGAUGAAGUUUGCCAUCUGAAGUCCCAGCUCAGUAGCCUCGAUGAGGUGGUCCAGACGGCCAGGCAGAAGAUCAUCAUGAAGGACCAAUGCAUUGCCCAGCUCAAUGAGAGGCUGCAGGAUAUCACGGAUCGACUUGCGUAUGUGCUGAGGCCUAAGCCGUUGUCCAUGACGGCGGAUGAAGAAAUGGCGAGGGUCGGAGAUCUGGUGGCUUCUUGCUUUCUGAAUACGCUCGCUGUGAAAGAUGAGCAGGAGUGCCAAAUUCUGAAGGUACUUGAUGCGGAACUCAACGCUCUGCUGGAGAUGAAUAGUAGGCAAGAGAUCCAGUCCACGGAGGCCUGCCGGAAUCGUCUUUACAAAUUGUUCAAGAACUUUAGCCAAGAACUCGUUGACGAAACUACCAAGCUGGAAAAUGCUCGAAGUCACAUGAACGCUCUCCGAAACAAAUCGAACAACCACGGCUCUCAACCCAACAGCACUCCGAUCAAUGCGGUUUGCUCGGAACCGGACGGAAAGGCCGUUGAGGCUUUGCGAUCUCAGCUGCAGGCCCUCACCAAUACCCACAAGGAAGUGCAAAGCAACUACCUUCGUCAGCUAAACGAAAACAGCGAUUUACAUUCAAGGCUUGCGUCGGAAAGUAUGGUAAACACUAGGAAUGCAGAAGUUCUCAAGGGUAUAGCUGAUAAACUUAUCGAGAUGGGCUUUGAAGGCUUCACGUACGAGGAAAUAUAUAAAACAGACUCAACGGGAAACCCGUUCUGCGCUGUCAUUAAUAAAUUAUACGUAGACAAUCGGGAAAACGUCAUUUCGAACCAGCAUUUGAUCGAAGUGAUAAGUGGGCUGCAAGAAACGCUAAGACAUCGCGAUGGGGAAGUGUCCCAGCUGCAGAAAAUGAUCCAAAGCUACUCCGAUUUCAGCAGGAACCAGAGACUCAACGAUGAGAUCGACCGCCUCAAGGAGGCCCUAAGUGCACAGAAUCAAAAGAUUCGUGAGAUGGCGUCCUUGCUGAAGAACAAUGAAGAUCAGUGCGAAAAUCUCAAGACGACCUACGACGAUCAGUGCAAGGAGCUGAAGAAGUCCAAAAAGCGCCAGCAGAGCCUAGAGGAAUCUGCCUGUAAGGUGGAAUCCGAGCUAAAAUCGGUGAUAAUAGAGCGCGAUCUGUUGCGGGAAGAGGUCCAGGCUCUAAGAGAGAAGGAUGCCAAAGCCACCGGACGCGAGCGGGCGUUCUGCGACCAGCUGAAGAUCAGCGAAAAGGAGCUGAACAAUUCGCGGCGGGUUAUACAAAGCCUGCAGGAUCAAGAGAAACAAUGGAAGCAACAACACCGAGAGACCGUCAAGCAGUUGGAUGCAGCGAAUGCCACCAUGGAGCAGAAGCUUCGGGAAUGCGAGUGCGAACAGAAGAAGAUACGGGGCAAGCUAAAGCAGCAGGAGGAAGUAAACGAGCAGCAGGAGGGGAUAAUCAGUUCGUUUAGGCAGUGGAAGGAUGCACAGAUUAGGGUGGACGAGGCAAAGCGGCAGUGCGAACAGCGGGCAGAGGAGCAGAUCAGAAUGCUCAUGGAGGAGUACCGGACGCUGGUCCUUGAUUACAGGUCCCUGCACCGGGACCAUUCCCUACUUGAAGCCGAGAUACUACGCGUCAAGAAAGCCGUCCACCGAACCACAUCCCCUUCGACGAAGCCGGACUGUGCCCGGGUCCCCCCGCAUAUCGGCGAUGAUCAAAUGACCAACCGUAUGCGCAUCCUGGCCAAUACAUCACAGCGCCUUUCUAUCCACUCUCAAAUGCUCAAUGACCAUUCAGUGCCUCAAGAACAGGCUCGUUUGCGAAAAGCUAGCCAGAAGGAACAGGAGCGGGCGGCAGCGCUGUCGAGUCAAGAAAAUUCAUCCCCGUCAAGGAACUCAUAGUCCUCGGAUAGCCCAUUGUUCGAAGAGCAGUCCAUUUAAAUUUCAUUUAACUAAAACCCAUUUACCAUUCGGCCAACACAUUUACAAUAAAUUUAAGUGUAAUCGAAAUUAAAUAAACUGAGUGCUGGUGUAGAA